AUGGAUAAACUGCGGCGGCUGGUGGACGACACCACCAGCGCCGUGCAAGAUAAGCUCAAGAGCGGUGAGAGGGAGCUUCGCCGAGCAGCGAGCGAUGCCGGCGCACGAGCACAGCAGGCGGCGGCCAUCGCAGCCGACGAGGCUAAGCGCAGUCUACGGCGGACCGCGGAAGAAGCUAAAGGCGCCGCCAGACACAAAACUGAGAAUAUUGGAAAAGCGGUCAAGCAUAAGGCGGAGGAAGCACGCGCGACAGCGUCCACCAAGGCACGCGGCUUUGGCAGUAAGGUGCUCCAGAACGUGCGCCAAAACCAGGAGCACGCCACGCGCCAGCUGCGCGAAAACUCUAGGCUGCUGCAGCGAUCAGCCAGUGACACCGUAGAUGACCUGAAGAAGCGCGCGCAGCAGAGCGCCGCGGAAGCUACUAGCGCUGCUCAGGAACGGGUCCGAUCCUCCGUCGCAGAGGGCACCCAACGGCUAAAGAGGACGUCGUCGUCUGUAGUAGAGGCAAUUGACCCUCGCGCGAGUGCCCGUAGGGUGCGCAACAAACUGCUGAUGCUGGGCUUUAUCGGCGUGUUCCUCUAUGGCUUUGGGUCAGCCAUGCCUCACGCCAUGGCAAAGUAUGCGCUGGAAAGAGCCAAGAUGGAGGGCGUGGCAGCAUGA